UCAGAGCGCUCUCUCUGUGGUUCCACAGCCAUAAGAAGACGCGGCGAGACAGGAGCUCCGCGGUAACGGAGCGGAAAGUGUCAGCCCGGAGCUCAGUCAGGAUGCGGGUCCCUUUGAGCAUCCUGUAUCCGGUCGUUUCCCUCAUCAUCUUUGGAUUAUAUCCCUCUAUGACGAUCGGCCCAAAGGAAGGCUGGCAGGUGUACAGCUCAGCCCAGGAUGCUGACGGGCGCUGCAUCUGCACAGUGGUAGCACCAGAACAGAGCCUGUGCUCCAGAGAUGCAAAGAGCAGGCAGCUCCGCCAACUACUGGAAAAGGUGCAGAACAUGUCUCAGUCCAUUGAGGUGCUGAACCUGCGGACUCAGAGGGAUUUUCAGUACGUCAUGAAAAUGGAGAACCAGAUGAAAGGUUUGAGGACCAAGUUCAGGCAGAUCGAAGACGACAGAAAAUCCAUUAUUGCUAAGAAUUAUCAGGAGCUUAAGGAAAAGAUGGACGAGCUGAAGCCACUGAUCCCUGUUCUGGAGCAGUACAAGAUGGAUGCUGCACUCAUCUCCCAGUUCAAGGAGGAGAUCAGGAACCUGUCUGUGGUGCUGACAAGCAUCCAGGAGGAGCUAGGGGCCUACGACUACGAUGAGCUCUAUCAGCGAGUCCUGCGACUGGACAGCCGGCUCCGCAGCUGUAUGGGGAAGCUGACGUGUGGGAAAUUAAUGAAAAUCACUGGACCUGUUACAAUAAAGACAUCUGGAACCCGGUUUGGGGCGUGGAUGACUGAUCCGUUAGCGGUGAGCAGAAACAACCGGGUUUGGUACAUGGACAGCUAUACCAACAGUAAGAUUGUUCGCGAGUACAAGACCAUGGAUGACUUUGUUACAGGUGUGGUUUCUCGAACCUACAGCCUCCCAUUUAAAUGGGAGGGAACCAAUCACAUCGUCUACAAUGGGUCCCUUUACUACAACAAGUACCAGAGCAACAUCAUUGUGAAGUACAGCUUUGAGACGGGCACCGUGCUCGCCCAGAGAGCUUUGGAGUUCGCCGGGUUCCACAACAUGUACCCGUACACCUGGGGAGGAUACUCCGACAUUGAUGUCAUGGCUGAUGAACUGGGAAUGUGGGUUGUGUAUGCAACCAAUCAAAAUGCCGGGAACGUUGUGAUCUCUCAGAUAGACCCUGACACCCUGCAGGUUCUGAGGACCUGGAACACAGAGUACUCCAAAAGGAAUGCGGGUGAAUCGUUUAUGAUUUGUGGAACGCUUUACAUCACCAACUCUCACCUGUCAGGAGCAAAGGUUUACUAUGCGUACUCCACUAAGACAUCCACUUAUGAGUACAUAGACAUCCCCUUCCACAACCAGUACUUUCACAUCUCCAUGCUCGACUACAACGCCAGAGAACGAGCUCUUUAUGCCUGGAAUAAUGGGCACCAGGUGAUCUUUAACGUCACCCUGUUUCAUGUCAUAAAAACUGACGAUGACUCUUAAACUCCAUGCUUUACCAACCACAUGCAUUUGUGCCGCAAGGAUCCUCUAAUUAUGCACAUUUCCUCCCAUUAAAUGCAGACUGAUAUGUUUAUGUGAACUUUUUUGAGAUGACAUCUCUGUAUUCUUUGCAGAGGUGACCAUGGACAUGACUUUACAAAAAAAAAAAAAGUUAAAUAUACUUUAAUAUUUUCCAUUGCUGCUCAACAGACUUUUAUGCCUUAUCUGCAAAGGGUUGGGUUUCUCAGACAGACGGCCUCAAAGAAGCUUUUGCAUGAAUGUCAACAUUUCUGCUGUAAGCUGAUAUAAUAUAGCUAUUUUCUUGCAAAUUAGUCAUUUGCUUACAGUGGUUGCUUUAUUUGUUCAUUUAAUAAAGUGCUUUAAGUCUGUAUUUGAUGUUUGAAACUUAUUUGCCGAUGUAACUGAUCAUUACCGGCUUCCAUUUUGUGGAAAAUUGCCAUGUAAAAUAUCAAUGUUAUGAUAUCGCUGUGAAAAAGGAACAUUUGUAUUUUUAUAAACUAAACCAUGAAAAAGUGUCUGUGAUGUCUGAUUCAUUAAAAUAGUUUUAAUUGCUAAAAAAAAUAAUAAUUAUUGUAAUGAUGAAAGAUUUGCAUUCAAAUGACAUGAUGACUUAAAUAGGUCAGACAUGUUAAUGAAAUUGUGUUUAGAUUAAAAUUAAUGAUGGUGGAAGAACUGUCAGAUCAUUAGAAUAAUUGGAAAGUGAUUCGAAAGGAUUAUAUGGCUUUUUUUUUUAAACUCUUGUUUCAGUUUCAGAUCUUUAUGGUUUUGCAUUUGGUCCUUCCCAAAUGUACUUGACUUAAGUGGUCUCAUUUUCUCUGCAUCCAACAGUUGGAUGAUUUUUUUGUUUUGUUUCUUCUCAGUGGCCCAGUGGAACUGUGUAUUUUUUGAGGGAUUUUCCAAUAGAUCUCAACGUUUUCCACUCAGAAUUUUUCUAUUCUGCAGCAAGGAGGUUGCUGGUUUCAAUCCGCCCUGUGCAACCUUUCUGUGUGGAGGUAGCCCGCCCUCCCCAUGAAUGCAUAGGUUUUCUCUGGGUACAUUCUCCCUCGUACCAUUAACCAAAACUUACAUAUCAGGCAGAUUGGAGACUAAAUUCCCUAUGAAUGCAGGCAGCAGGUACCAAUGGUAACAGUAAGGGUGCAGUGAAAAUGAAAAUGGGAUCCAAUCAACAACUUAUUAAAUAGGGUGGGUCAUAACCAAGAACCGUAUUUAUUUAAACUCUAAUUUUUUCCUUAAAAAAAUAUAAAAUAAAGCUGUUUUACACAGACUUUUUUUGGUGUUUUCUCUAAAUGCAAAGUCAGCUCAGACAACCAGACCAUGUUCAGAAAUAAUAAAUCCCCUCACCAUGUUUGUGAAAACAGAUCACUGAACCUCUGCCAUAAGACUGUAAGCAUCAGAUGUUUUUUUUUUAGCUUUCUGGACACUCCUUGUAAAAAGUUAACAACAAGCCUAAUAUAAAGCCCUAUAGAGAUCAAAUCCACUGAGGAAACAGCAUGCAGUUCUUUUUGUGCACAUCUCUACUCGGCAGGCUUGUCAAAGGGACCCCUUUCAGAAACCAACAGAGUGUCUGACCUGUGGUGGGUACUCAGAAUGACCUGGUCAUGUCAAUGAGCGGAGCAUUCGUUUAACUGGUACUUAUUGGUUGUGACUCAGAAAUGACAUCGGCAGAUGUAGCUAAAAAAACUGCAUUUUAAAAUUGGACAAGUCGCUGGUGAAGCAGAAUGAAAGGAAAACAAAAAGAACCACAAUUA